CUUUGAGAGACUGCUGCAGGACCCGGUCGGAGUCAGAUACUUCUCAGAGUUCCUGAAGAAGGAGUUUAGCGAGGAGAAUAUUGUGUUCUGGCAGGCCUGUGAGUUCUUCAGCCAUGUCCCCGACAACGACAAGAAACAGUUAUCUCAGAGAGCUAGACAGAUCUAUAACAGUUAUUUAUCCAGUAAGGCCACAACGUCGGUCAACAUUGACAGUCAGCUCCAGCUGGCAGACGAUAUUCUCAACGCUCCCAGACCAGACAUGUUUAAGGAACAACAACUACAGAUCUUCAACCUGAUGAAGUUUGACAGCUAUACUCUCCCCCCUCCCUCCCCCUCCCUCUCUAGAUCUUCAACCUGA